AUGAAUGAUACACUCCAAACUUUCAUACAAGAGCAACGAGAGUUUCACAAGAAGCAAGAAACGAGUGGCACCAAGUUGGAUGAAAUUGGUGUUGUGCCUACAAGUUUGAGCAAGGAGCCCCACAAUGAAGAAGUAGGAGAAGAGGUGGAAGUGAUAGGAGGUGAGGAAGAAAAUGCUACAAGAGGUGAGGAGGAACCAUCAAAGAUCAAAGAGCCCAAAAGGAAGAACCCUCUUGAAGAGCCUAUGCCAAUUCCCUUCCCAACUUUGGCUAAAAAGGCUAAGAAGCAUGAAGACCUUGACCCCUAUAUGGUGGAGAUUUUUAAGAAUAAAGAAGUUACCAGCCCUCUUUUUCAAGCAAUUCAACAAGUGCCAAAAUAUGCCAAGUUCCUCAAGGACGUUUGCACACAUAAUGAUCCCGGUCCAUCUUUGGUGACUUGUGUGAUUGGUGGGAUAGAAUUUAUGGAUUGCAUGUGUGAUUUGGGCGCUUGUGUAAGCAUUAUGCCCCUUCCUAUCUAUGAGAAAUUGAGGUUGUCACCAUUGAAGAGGUCCGGAGCAAGAUUUGUAUUGGCGGACAAGAGCAUUGUGUCGGUUGUAGGCAUUGCAGAAAAUGUUUUGGUGAAUAUCCAAGGAUUGCUCUUCCCGGUUGACUUUCAUAUAUUGGAGACCCCUCCAAUUGGUUCAGACAAGUUAUCAUCCAUUCUUCUUGGAAAGCCAUUUUUGAAGACAUCCCGAUUCAAGUUGGAUGCUCAUUCGGGUGCAUACUCAUUUGAGGCCGAUGGCAAGGUGGUAAAAUUCACUUUGGAUGGAUCUAAGAAGCCUACGCUUGAAGUAUACUCUAUCUUCGGUUGUGACUUAAUUGAUCAUCAAAUGAUUGAGCCUAGUGAAGAAGGAAGUGAUGCCAAGGAGUUGGAGAUUUUUCUCCAUGGAGAAGUCCCAAAAUGA